AGGGUUUGGAUGUGGAUGCUUCCUUGUGUCGUAGUCCAUCCGGCUCAUCAACUGCUGGUUCAUUUAGCUGAAAAGGAAGCUUCCUCCUCCUAAGGAUCAGGGGCCUUCUUGGGCUCUGUCUCAUUCUGCUCAGAUUACAGAGCUGGCCCUUUGACUUCACUUGAUGUCUGAAGAGAUAACAGCUCCUCAGCCAUGAUCUCUGAUGCCCCGUAAAACAAGAAAGAAAUCUUUGCCAAACUCACAGAAGCCGUCGUUGUUGUUUUUUGAGCCACCACUUGAUGACGCCAGAUACCACAAUGUGCCUAAAGUGAGCGGCGCACUCAAUCCCAAAUCAUUUCUAGAUGAGGAGCAGCGACAGAACAGCUGCACAGCCUGUAGUUCUUGGGUGAGUCCACAGUUUGAUCAGCUACCGCCCCCUGCACCCAGAGGAAGGCGAGGGAGGAAGAAGUGCCUCUCUGCAACAAGCAUUCUUGACAAGAGUUCUCACUUAUCCAGAAAAGGUAGUGUUUACAAGUUCCAAGCCUUAUCCUUUCAGAGAAGGUCAACAGCCCAACCUCUCCAUCAAAAGCAUGCAUGUAGAAAGAAGGCUGUAGAAUCUGCUCUUGGGGCCCAUGAGGAGCAGCAGGGCUUGCAAGUUCAUAAGGUUGGUUCUCUAAGUACAGAGUACCUAAGUAACCAAGAUGAAACGGAGACACCAACACCGAGAACUUCUCUCAGGAAAGGGACAGCUGAGAGGAGACGGUUGUCAGAGGUAACACCGGAAGAUGCAGCAUCAACCUCCGGCAGAUGUGUGGGGGUCCUUAGAACGUCAGCUGCCAAUGUUGCCAGACAUGGCAAGAGCCCAGCGUCAUGCUCUGCUCGGACUCCUGCCUCAGCAACACACCACACCCCUGGCACGGACAAUGUCUUCUCCCCACUUGAUGUAGAGACUCCAGAGUUACACCAUGAUGGAAGUUCCUCCUUUCUUCGCCUCCUGUUGCCUGCGUCACAGCCGAUGACCCCGCCACAUACUGUGACUUCAGAGAUUUUAGCAACAGACACCCCAGAGAGAGACUAUGGAGUCAAGGUUACAUGGAGGAGGAGGAAAGGGCUGAUGAGGUUGCUGAGGGACCGAGGUUAUCUUUCAAGUGCAGAGGCACUAAUUAGCAUCUAAUCAACAUAACUGUAAAUGUUGACAUCAUUUUACUAUCAUGUUCUGCAAUUAACAAUGAAUUGUAGUUAACAUUGUAGUUAACACCACAUGAAUAAAUUAGUCCACUGAUUGAAAGU